CACAAACAAACAGCCCAACAACAACCCAGCAACACAACACCAGCCAGCAAACACGACUUGUGAUGGCGGAGGGUGAGGAUGUGCUGGCGCACAAGGUGCUGCCAACGGAGACAUCAGCCCACGACCUGCACAUCCCAACAGCGCCACAAUCCACGUUUACGACAAUGCACAUGGAUGCACCGCCUUUGGAUAGCGCGAUGGAGGAGAUACCUGAUAUUGCCACGAGCAUCUCCCAGCCGGAGGUGCACGGGGUGUCCACGCUACACCUUGCCUGUGCGGAAGGACUGGCAGAGGAAGUGUACAACAUGCUGGCGCAGUACACACCAGAGACCAUCGGCGCAGUGCUUGAUUUGCCGGACGGCUAUGGCCGGUUCCCGCUCACAUAUGCCGUUGCAGCGCCAGCAGAACAAGCAGUGUCCAUCAUCACCAUGCUCCAGAGUUGCGGUGCAGACGUCAUGGCAGUCGACGUUACAGGGCGAGCAGCUGCGCACUGGGCGUGCAUGCUCGGCGCUGCCACGUGCCUGGAGCAGUUGUUAAGCCUGGGCAUGGAUGCGAACAUGGUCGACAACGCACAGCGCAAUCUCGCGCACCUCGCGGCGAUUGCGGAGACGCCCGACUGCCUGCACGUCCUCGCGCAUGUAUUUGGGCCGGAUUCAUCGCUCUUUCUCGCCCACGAUGCCUCCGCGGUGGACACGGAAGGGCGCACAGCGUAUCAUUGCAUGGCGAGCAACUGCACAGACCCGACGUGUCUGCAGGUCUUCCUCGACGUCUGCCCAAAGACGAUGAAUGUUGCCGAUUCGCAAGGCCGCACUCCGUUGCACGUUGCUGUUGCGCAGGACAACACCGCAAUGGUCGCUGCUUUUGUCAACACGCGCGUGUGCAUCAAAGAUCUGCCAGACAGUGAUGGCAUGACUCCGCUCUUCUGGGCUGUGUCGCUCGCUCGCCCAGAGUGUGUGACGCUGCUGUUGCAAGCGGGUCCACAAGCAACGUGCGCGACAAAGAAGGAGGCAACGGUGUUCCACUAUGCGUCCAUUCUGGAUUCGACGGCAACGCUUGAUGCUUUGCUUAACUACACCCAGUUCACCGACACGGUGUCACCGUCGACGCCUGCGAUGAUUGAGCGAUUGCUAAAUGCGGGCUGCAAUCCCAACAGCACAGACUCAAACGGAGCAACAGCGCUGCAUCUUGCGGCAUACGGCUCGCAUCAUGAUGCAAUGGCGGUCUUGAUCCAGCACAAAGUUGAUCUGAAUGCGCAAGACGGCGGGGAUCAGUUGACGCCGCUCAUCGCGUGCUGCCAGAACGAUGACGCUGCCGGUGCCAUGCUCCUGCUUGAAGCUGGGUGCGACCCGUCUCUCUCGGAUGCUGGCGGCCGCACAGCGCUUCAUCACGCAGCGUCUGCCUCGGACGCGGCAACAGUGCUGACCAUUCUCCCGUACGCAGCGAAUCCGGCCCCGCUCGACGCAACACACGCGACGCCGCUCCACUUUGCGUGCUUCGGCGGGUGUCUUGCGAGCGUGAAUGCACUGUUGUCUGCUGGCGCAGAUGCAAACGUCGUUGACGCUGACGGCGUGUCACCCCUCCAUUGGGCCGCGUUGGAGGGACACGCUGACGUGGUGGCGGCAAUGCUACAGCACAACGCAUGGCCAAACUACAUGGAGCACUCUGACAAGCGGUUCACGCCUCUGGACUACGCGCACGAGCGGGAACACGAACGUGUGGUGGAGAUGCUCAGAGACGCCGGCGGUUACACACGCGCAGAAAUGGCAAUGAUUGCCGUCUUGAAGAUCCAGCGCAGCUUUCGAGCGUGGAAGAAGUCGACUGCGGCGAUUUCGGCAGCGCGGGCGGAAUUGGAGCAGCGGCAACGAGAGAAGAAAGAGGAGAUGAGAAAGGAAGAGGAGGAGAGGAAGAAGAGGGAGGAAGAGGAGGAGGAGAUGAGAAAGGAAGAGGAGGAGAGGAAGAAGAGGGAGGAAGAGGAGGAGGAAGAGGAAAGGAAGAAACAAGAGAAGAGAAACAAGGAGGCGGAAGAACAGGAAAGGAAGAAGAGAGAGGAAGAGGAGAGGAAGAUUCAAGCAGAGGAAGAAGCGAGAAAGAAGCUGGAAGAGGAACAAGCGCGGAUGAAGAAGGAAGAGGAAGAGAUGAGAAAGAAGGAGGAAGAAGAUGAAGCGAUGAAGAAGGAGGCAGAACAGCAGAAGGAAAGCAACCGGCUUGAGGAAGAAAGAGCCAAACGAGAGGAGGAAGAGGAAGAGGAAAGGAAGAAACAAGCAGAGGAGGAGGAAGAUAGGAAGAAGAAACAAGCAGAGGACGAGGAAAAGGAAAGGAAGAAACAAGCAGAGGAAGAGGAGGAACGAAGGAAACAAGCAGAGGUAGAGGAAGAUAGGAAGAAGAAAGAAGAGGAAAGGAAGAAGAGAGAGGAAGAAGAGGAGAGGAAGAAACAGGAGGAAGAAGAAGCAAAGCGGCGGCAAGAAGAAGCGAAGGCGAGGCAGAAGAACAAGAAAGAGGAGGAAGAAAGAAGAACAGCUGCUGCCCUCGCUGCAGAACAGCACGACCGAGCUCAAGCGAAAGCACCACAACGGGACAAGACAACGUCACCGACAGCAGCAGCGGCAGCAGCAGUAACAAGAACGCGACCGAGUGCUGUUGACGCGGGCGAUGCGCUGCCACUGGAGGAAACAGCAACGCUUGGUCUCGAUGCACGCGCACGUGCUCUCAUCCUGCACAGGAGCAUGACGCGGCGAUCGCUGCAGCGUCGGGAAACAGCCCGCGUGUCGCGGAUUCGGGCGGCGGUUGUGGCGGCGAUAACCAUCCAGCGGGCGUGGCGACGACACCGCGCACACACGCGUGAGCAGCAGGAGCGCGUGCAGCGGCUGGGUCGAGCGCAGCGGGGAGAGACGCGACCGUUGCGGCAGAUGGCAUCAUCAUCAACAUCGCCAUCAUCGUCACAUCCACGCACGCGCAAUGGCGGCGGAAGCGAGCGAGCAGCGCUCUCCCGUACGCUGUGGUCCAAGGAUGGGGUGGACGACGCGGGUGCACAUGUGACGGCGCUGGGCAGGCCACGUCGUCGAGGUGGCGGCAGUGAUGGCUUUGAUUCGAGCGACUCCGAUGAACACAUGCGCUCGCCCGAACACCGCCAACGACAACAACAGCAGCGGCAGCGGCGGCAGCAGCAGCGUGUUCGUGGCAAGCCGUCCACGAUGCGCCCUCGCUCUGCCAAUCGCCGGAAUGGCGAUGGUGGUUCGCGUAACGGGGGCCCAGGCCGCACAUCCACACCAGCGGCGGCGACGGUGGCCAUGAGUGGGGAGGAGGUCGUGGUUGAUGGCGUUCGCGACAAGUUCAAGCAGCGGCGGAUCAGCAAGACAACGCAGCCAGCUAGCAGCCGUCGGCGCUCUGCUCCCCCAGCGACGAUUGCAAACCCGCCCUCAUCCCGGACGCGAAGCAACGGAACGUCAGCCUGGGCAACGACGACGACCACGACCACGCGGCGCCGUUCAGAGUUGACCCGUCCAUUGUCGGCUGCGAUGGCGUCUUAUCAAAGCGCUGUGCAAGAGCUGCAUCAUCGAGCAACGCAGCGGGAUUUCCACCGGCGUCGUGACGUGCGCGGCGCCACAACAUCUGCACCAUUAUCGGGCACAUAUCGCCGGCAGAGCACAAAUGCGACAGCCAUCACCACCACGACCACAAGCAGCAUGCGGGGCCGGGCGUCACUGCAACCGCGCCCGUCCGCACGCAUCUCACACUGGGAUCUCGACUCCACGCUGAGCAGCGGUCUGCCUGGUGAUGGGUCGCUGCUUGCAUCAUCAUCAUCACCACCUGCAAUGUCGUACAGGCGUGCGCGCCGCAUCCGAAAUGCACCGGGCGUGCGGCCAUAUGAUCUGUGGGGACUGCAGAUGCCAGGCGGCGAGCACACGCUCGCCACGACCGACAGCAACAGCAACAGCAACAGCAACAGCGACACGGACUCGGCCCGUGACGGCGGUGAUCGGUGGCAGCUGGUGCACACGAGCGCAGACAUGGGCAGUGCACACGCGCCACCGCCAUCGUCAGCAUCAUCAUCACGAGACGUCUCGUUCCGUGGAACAGGUUUACAGCGCACACGUCGGCACCGUCACAACACCUCGGCAACCCAGCUCGAUGCGCGCGCUCCUCGCUCCACACGUGCACACACGCGCCGGACAUCUGCUGCGAGUGGCUGUGGUGGUGGUGGCAUGUAUCUUGCUCAGAUGCAGGAACACCACAACACGAUGGUGCGACAGCGACAGCAGAAGCUGUUGUCCAAACCCGGACACGCGCUUGCCGCGUCUCUGCCCAAGGGGUCGUCCAGCCAGCGGUGAACCAGUGCAGAAUGUGUUCAUGGUGUGUGUUCAUGGGUGUGUCCAUAUGUGUGUGUUCACGUGUGUCUGUGUAUGUGUUCAUGUGUGUAUGUGUGUUCAUGUUUGUGUAUGUGUAUGUGUGUCGUAUGAAGUGGGAAACGAAUGUGCAUGACUUUUGCUUGUGAUGUCAGCUGCGUGCUCACGCAUGCGUGUGAUUGUGCACCUGACUGCACUGUAGAUACUACGUGUUGGGUGGAUGGGAGAGGGGAUUGUAUGUUGUGUGCAUGCUUGCAUGCUUUUGUUGUUUCUUCUGACUUGGAUUGCCUGGCUGUGUGAUUUGUGACGGGGAUUACCUGUCCAUUGCGACCGUGCACUUUGGCUGAGUUUUUGCAUUCAUGCUGGAGCAGAGUUGCAUGUAGUAACAGCGAGUGGAAGCCGCA